AAACUUCCUAGUCACCAAGUGGUGAUGCGAUGAUAAUUUAUAUACCUAUAUAUAACUGUACCUUGGGCACUUCACAAUAUCAUCAUCUAGCAAAUAGUUAAUUCUCUUUAUUCAAAAAGAAGAAAGCAAAAAAAGCAAAAAAUGGCUGCAGCGGGUAUGUUUGAUCCUCCUUCAAGCUGGCCAAACGGCCGGCCGCCCAUUGGUUUUUGCACCAAAAGCAAGUGGGGCGAUACUUUCUCCUCCUUUGCUUUGGACCAUCAGGUUCAAGAGAAGUAUGCGGAAGCCAUUGCAGAACUCAAAGAAGAAGCAAGAGGCAUGUUGAUACAGGCUGAAGGGAAAACAAUCAGCGAGAGGUUACAACUAAUUGACACACUCGAACGUUUGGGAGUCGGAUAUCACUUUGAACAGGAGAUUGAGGAGCAACUUCGAGAUAUCUUGACCGAAUUCGAUUCGGAACAUGAAGACUACGACUUGUUCACUACUGCACUUUGGUUUCGUCUUUUGAGGCAACAUGGCAGUUACGUCUCUUGUGAUUUCUUUGACAAGUUCAUUGAAAAGGAGAAAAAAAUCAGCGAAAACAUUGAGAAUGAUGCUAAGGGAUUACUGAGCUUAUAUGAAGCAGCCCACUUAAGAACACAUGGAGAAGAAAUCUUGGAUGAGGCGGUGACCUUCACGGCCCGUCAUCUGAGGCGCAUGGUACACGAUUUGGAGCCCGCACUCCAAGCCCAAGUGAAGAGAGCUCUAGAGAGACCCCUACAUAGGGGCAUUCAGAGAAUGGAAACUCGUCACUAUAUUUGGUCUUACGAGAAAGAUGACUCAAGAAACGAGCAACUUCUGAAACUAGCCAAAUUGGAUUUCAAUUACGUGCAGAAUAUCUACAAGGACGAGCUGGGUCAAGUCACACGAGUGGUGGAGGCCUAUCUUUGGGGAACUUCUCAUCAUUUUGAACCUCAGUAUUCAUAUGUUCGAGUGGCAUUCGCCAAGUACAUCCAAAUGCUAACUGUUUUGGACGAUACUUAUGAUAAUUAUGCCACAGUUGAAGAAGGAGACAUUUUUGCAGAGACUAUGGAAAGGUGGAACAUUGAUGAGAUCAAUCGGCUUCCGGAUUAUAUGAAACCUCUCUACAGGUGUAUUUUGAGAAUGUUUGACGAUUAUGAGAUCGACGCAGCUAAACAAGGGAAACUGUUUGCUGUUCCGUAUGCCAAACAAACUAUGAAAGAGUUAUGUAGAGCCCAUUGCCAAGGGGUAAAGUACACUAUGGGAGGGCCAACGUCUUCAUUUGAGGACUACAUUGUGAACACAAUGAUCACGAGUGUCCUGUAUGUGACAUGCGCUGCUACUAUCCCGGGCUUAAAAUCUGCUUCUAAGGAGACCAUAGACUGGUUCAAGAGCAAGCCCAAAAUUAUUCGGGCUUCAGCCAUGAUUUGCCGUCACUUGGACGACUUGGGCAGCCAUGAACGGGAGAGCCAGCAGGGCACACUACUGACGGCAUUGGAUAUUUACAUGAGACAUCACGGUGGGUCGAUAAAAGAGGCUAGGGAGAAGUUUGAGGAGCUAGUAGAGGAUGCAUGGAAGGAUUUGAAUGCGGAGUGGAUAAAGGACAUUAAAAGUGGGGUUUCAAAGGAAGUGGUGGAGGAUUUUCUUGGCUAUGCUCGGGCAGCUGAUGUCUUCUACAGGAAUUGUAGGGAUGGAUAUGCAAAAGCUCAUGGAGUUAUGAAUCCCGAAGUAGAUGCUCUUUUCAUGGNAUGA